CUCAAACGUCUCUGGAUCGCAAUACGAUCCCAAGUAUGUUUGUUCACGACAAUGGAAGAAACUCAGCAUCGAACACAUUGAAGGCAGUCACAGUCUGAAGAGGAGCUCCCACCAAGCAUGCUGCUUAAGAGAGUAAUGCUUUGAAGUUGAAAAAAUUCCAGGAGUUUCCUGUAACAACGUUGGAGUAUAAUGUGAACCAGGAGCCGUGGAGUAUUCCUCCUUAUCCCCAGUCAAGCCAAUCUGCUUGGGAGAGACAUCAUCACUUCAGCUGUGCGCUGCGUCUGCUUCAAGGCAGUUUCCCUGUGGAUUAUAAAGUGACCACCACCCCACCAAGGAUGUCUAGGUUGCUCUGUGCUCUGCUUGUCCUUAUGUCUCUGUGUAGUCACAGCCUAGGGGUUUCUGCCUCACAACCAGGGAAGGGAAGACAUAAGACCAGACCUCAGUAUAAAGAACCUGCUGGUCUCCUGGCUCCGGAGGAUGAUCAUGGCGGAGAGGGAGACCAUGAGACCAGGACAGUCCUUGACCCAGAACAGGAAUUCCUGGCUGAUUUUGCAAGUAAGAAGCGUUUGUGGGUAAUCACGGCCCCGUCGCACAGUGACAACUACCUCCGCAUGAUGGAGAAACAGAUUCAGGACAUGGAGCAGGAGGGGCUGAACUGUCGCCUGGCUGAGAGGGACACCUUCAUCGUCACCAUCAUCCAGAAUGCCAUGAUGGAAGGCAGGAUCCAGAAGACCACCUUCCAAGGAGAGGCCACCAUGGAGAGCAUUGACUCAGACAUGGUCACCAAGCUGCUGCAUUACCUUGAGCUGGGGGAUCAAGGCUUCUCCAUGCUAGUCAUGAAGAAGAACCUUAGGGUGAGUGAGCGGUUCCCCUACCCUGUCCGUGUGGAGGCCAUCCUAGAGGUCAUUGAUCAGUUCCCCUUGCGCAAGCUGGAAAAACUCACCAGGAAGGGCUCCCCUCUGAAAUGUAAAAUCACCAAGAAGAGGCUGAUGAAGAAAAAGAUUCCUGUGAAAAAGAAGGUGUUCAGUCCCCAUAUGCAGGGAAACGUUACCUCUGUUACCCAGAGGAAUACUGUGGCCAAGAAGGCUGCACUGAAGAGCAAAAUUCAGGACAUUCUCAGCGGUCGCUCCAGGUUCAUCAUUCGAAAGACGACCACUGAUUCAAAAGGAACACAAGUUUUCAUCACAGGGAAGGCAAACUCCAAAGCUGUGGGAAAGGACAACCAAAACAAGAAUGGAAAUGUUUUUACAGAAAUAAGCACAUAUCCUUCUACUGUAGAGAAAAGAGAAAGAAAGACUGUAGCCAACUCGAGAGAUAAUAAACCAGAGAACGUUGGCGGGGGAGAAGAACCCUUGGAGAAAAACAACUCCCCCAAAAAAGGCAAGGGAAAGAAAGAUGGGAAGAAAGGGAAAGGGAAAGGGAGAGUGAAGAAAAACCACAGAGAAGUGAAUGAGAACAAUAAGAAAGCACUGAUGGACUUUGUAGAGCAUUUGAAGGGGAAGAGAAGACUUAUGGUGAUAGCCACGCCCAGUGCCAGCACACCUCAGUAUGUCCAGCAGAGGGAGGAGAACGAGCUUCAUUUCUGUGACCUUGCCCUGAGAAAAGUUACUAUGGCAACCAUCCUGAGCUCAGGGCCUGACACUACCCUCACCCUGCACCACUACCAACUUGAUUCUGAGACACCAUUCACCUCACUACCAGAGAAGUUCACUGACCCAGAUCUCAUCUCUCAACUAAUGAAGCAGUAUGGGAUGUCCUCUAAGGUUUUCUCUAUGACUAUGACUGACUAUGACCUGAAACCCAAUAAAGUAUUUGAUGUACCGCCACCCUCAUCUGCGUUGAUGGAAUAUGUUGACACCUUUCCAUCGCGACGAUCUGAAUCUGAGAGAGAGAGAAAAACUCCACUGACCUGCUCCAAAUCCCAAGAACAGGGCGGGGCAUUGUUGAGGUUCAUGUCUAAAAGGAGACUGCUGAUCAUCUCUACUCCAUCUGAGGACGACUACUCCUUCCAACAGCAGCUCCAGGGGCUGAGAGGACAGGCCUGUCCCAUGGGUUAG